AUGCUGCGAGUUACGGUUUGGGCAAACAGCACAAUUGCAGAAAUAGUUUGCGAGCCCCUCCAAGAAGUAGGAGCAGUUGUGGCGGGGCUUCCAACUGGACCAUUGUCAGCGCCACAAGUCUUGCUUUUAACGGCACCACUGCCUCCGCCCUCGGCUUUGUCUGCCCCCCCGGCCGCUUUGCUGUUCCUCGGCGGCUCUAAAGCGCCAGUGGAUCCCAGAGCACCAGCGUCUGCGUUAGAGGGCGAAGUCAUUGUUGUGGAAAAUGAACCACCGCAAUGGGAUGGCAAAGAUUUGGAGACGUUUCUUGCGUGGGAAAGGAUAUAUGCUUCAACGUUGUUCUCAGCCUUGGAGCUGUAUGGCAAGCCAUUAUUGCGCGCAGCUGUCAUCACACGAGAGGAAUACCAUUUACUGUUCUAUUAUCUUGAAUCUGUGUCAGAAGCUAGUGAGGCCCUAACGGAGAGAAUGCGAAAGUACAUCGAUUCCGGACUAUUAAUUAGAGAAAGUAUCAAGGAAGAUAAUGAGACAUUGGUAGAGUCCAAAGAAAGUGUGGAUGAUGAAGGACCUAAGAGCCUUUUGUCUGAGUUAAUUAAGGAAGGAGUGAUUACUCAAAAGGAUGUUGACUGCACAUCUGUAAUUACUAACUCAGAAUGCAAUGAGCUCAACGAGGUUGAUCGCAAGUUAGAUGACGCAGACAUUAGUUCUAGUGUAUCAUCUGUAGGUAUAAGUCUUCGUAAGAUAUUAGUGGAUAUUCCAGUAGACAAUAAUGAUCCUGAAGUUGACAGCUCUUUGGUAGAAAAUGAAAGUGAAAGCGUAUCGUCUGUUUCACUAAGAAACAGUAGACAGUGUUGUGUCGAUCAUAGAAUAUCAGCCGACGUAUCAGAAAAUGUUUGGGCCAAUGUGCGUUGGAAUUUCCUCAACCCCACGGAUUUCGGGUAUGAUCAAGUCCGUAGUGUAAAAAGAAGUCGUUCUGAAUCUGCAAUUACACCAGUUGUCACUAGACGCAGGAAUGAAGAAAUAUAUGAAACUAUGCGUGCCGACGAAAAAGAAUCUUGUGGAAGUAUAACACCUUAUGAAUCGAUAGAAGAGUUAUAUGAUUGCAUUAAAAAUACACCUUAUAUUAGCGCAGCUGCAGUGGAGUCGUCGCCAUCAACUGAGAGUCAAUCUGAGCCUCAAUAUCCGGAUUAUGACGAAAAAUCGAUCAGAACUCGACAGAGUUCUGCGAGCAGUGAUAAAAGUGGUACCUCGUCCGCAUUUCCCUUUUCUAAAUACGGGUCGAGCGAUUCUACUGGAGCUUAUACGUCGUGUGAAUCGACAAGUGGCAUCGGCAUUUUCGCUCCUAAAAACAUCCCAGAGUCUGUUAAAAGGCGUGAACUGCCACCGCCCCCAUCGGAAGGUGAAAUAAGUGAGAGUGCGAUUUUACUCAAGCAAUUGUUUAUGGGAGAACUGUUGGACGCUUAUGGAGAGUUUCUCUCAGCGUAUCCGUAUGCGCGGGCCCUGUUGAGACGCAAAGCACGUCGUGACGAACAUUUUACGGCCCUUGCUGACAUCCGAAGAGGUGCUGCCAAGUACACGAUUGCCGAAUAUCUCGAACUGCCGGUAAGUGCGCUUAGCUUUAGAAGUUACGCUCAUUAA